AUGAACGAAACCAUUAUCAACGAUCAAGACCAUCAUCAACUAUCUACUUUAGAUCAAUUACUCAUUCAAUCUGCAAAAGAACUUAAACUCAACUUAAACCAUCAAAUCUUAUCAUCUUCUGAAUCCACUUCUUAUCUUUCAAAAUUAGCUUCAUUACCUUUAUCAAAACUAAACUCAGAACCAACUGAACUUCAACUCACUGCCAACACUUUAGAUUCAGAUUUAUCUUUACUUUGUUUUAGAGAGUUUCGUACAUUCUUAUUGGCUCAUGAUGCUUCGACUGCAAUCAAACGUACUUUUAAUAAACUUCAUCAUUCGCUUGAUGAAUUACUUCAAGAUACUUCUCAACUUAAUUCACUCAUUCAAGAAUUUCCCAAUUCAGUUCAGCAUAUCUUACAUGAUCGAAAACAAAUGAGUCUUUUACUCAAUCAUUUAAGUCCAAUUGAAGAUUUACUUGAUUUACCUCAACUUGUCUCAACUUGUGUUAAUGCUCGUUUAUGGAAUGAAGCAAUUGAACUGGCUCUCAGAGUUCGUCAAUUAGACAUCAACAUCUCACUUCAAGAUUCUCAUCUAUCAGGUGGUGUUUUACAUCAAUUCAGAUUAGAAGUCGAUCGAGCCUUACAAGCUCUACGAGAUAAUCUGAUCAAUAGUCUCAAAGAUCGAGGCUUGAAAUUUCCUUCAGCAGUUCGAACCAUUGGCGUUCUUCGUAGGAUGUCAAAUCUAUUCUCACAAUCCAUUGAUUCAACUUCCAUCGAAUCACUGACCGAACCUGAACUGAGGAUCACUUUCUUAGCAUCUCGAUGGUCUUGUUUAUCCAAUGCACUUCAACAAGUUCAACUCUCAACUGGUUUCUCGCCCUCUUCAGCAUUAUCUUCAACUUCCAAUCCACUUCAUCUCGAUCAAUUCUCAGAUCCUUCACUUCAAUAUAACGAAGAUCGUUUAAAGUUUUUGCGUAAAUGGCUUGAGAUUUGGCGUGAGUUGGUUGGUGAUACGAUUUCGAUUUAUUAUGAAAUCUUUUUAAAAUCAACGAACCAGAACACCUCAACUCUCAACAUCAAUCUUGAUCAUCAUCCCUCGAAUUCCACUUUUGGAUCUUUGCCUGCUUUCUUCAAUGAUGUAGUUUCACCAUUAAACUUUUUUGCUACUCAAGCCACUCAUCUCUUGAUUUCUACUCUGACUCAUCACGUUAAACUACUCGUGACGAUCUCGACACUAUCUUCUUUGUUAACUCAACUUUCAUACUGUGCAGCUGCAUUUGCAAAAUGGGGUAUGGACUUCACUAGUGCGAUGAGACCUACUUUUAUUAACACAUCCGAAGAAAUCAUUAAAUUAAGAAUGGAAUCAGGUCUUAAACAAUUCCAAUCAGAUUUAAAACCAAUCUUAAUUCAAACUCCCACUUCAUCUUCUUUCAAGCAAGCCGCAUUUCAAUCUCGUCGAAAAUCUCUACAUCCACCCUCUACACAACCUCUUGAACAUCGUUUGAUUGCUCCAGAUAGCCUACGACAAGUAUUGACAAUAGAUCUGACUACGAACCCACCAUCAACUUCACCAAGCCGACUACCAUCACAUCUUCUCACACUCUUUCCACCCUUGGCAAGAUUUCUUAAUAGUCAAUUCACUGCGCUUAACGAACUAAGACUCUUACCAAUCAUAGAAUCGUAUUCCAAAAUCUCAUCUUAUCAACUUCAAAUCCUUAGAUCCGUAAAUGAAGAAUUAAGAAAGCUCACUUUAAGUCUUCCACCACCUAGUCCACUUCAGUCAACAUUUACAAGUAACUCUGAACACAUUAAAAGUAUAAUGAAAGAAGAUCAUGGAGGAUCAGCUUCAUCAGAUCAACUUCGAGAAAUCGUACUUCGAUUGAUUUGGUUAUGGACCAAACAUGUUUUACCAACCUUAGAACAUUCGCUAAGAGUAGAAAUAUAUGGUGAUUUGAAAAUCGAAAACCCUUCUGAUGAGUUUACAUCUUUACUCGAACUCUCAGAAUCUAUUCUUUCAAGCUUAAGUCAUCGUCCGAAACCCGAGGUCAUUCUUUUAGACACGCCGCGACGCAUUUCACCAAAUGCUAACAAUCAAGCGGCCAGCGCAUCAGAUUCCUUGAAGUCACCUCCUACAUCAACAAGCGAGAUUCCAGAGAUCAUCACUGAAGAUCAACCCACAACACUUUCAACACAACCGGACACUCUUCCUGGACUCACACCUGAAGCAGAGCCUCAAAUACGCUGUUCCAGGAAGGAAGGUAGUAAGGGUAUCCUAGCUAGCUAUGAUAUGGUGUGCAAAGAGGAGCUUGCAACAAUUUGA